AUGUUUGAUAACAGCGAAACCGUCUUGCAAAAGCUAACAACAGAGGUGCUGGUCCAUGUUGCCUCAUUUCUAGACCUUGCAUCCAUAGUGCAGUUCUCCAUGACUGGCAAGCCCUAUUCGCAUCUCAUCAAGGAUGAACUUUUGUUCAAGCAGCUGAAUAAGCGUGAUUUCCGCGUGUCUGAAAAGAACCCUGAACAGACAUGGCUCGAUAUGUACAAGCAGUUGAAUCAUACUGAUGUCGUAAUGGCAGACACAUCCUCCAGCAACCCUCCAGCAACCAACGUAUCCCAAGCAACAGCAGCACCUACAGAAGCAGCAGCAGCAGCAACAGCAACACCCACACAACAACCCGCUUCAGAUACGACCACACAGUCUACCAUUAACACAACAGACAUAACACCUGCUACAAGCGAAUUUGCCACACAACAGACAGCGACAGAUGCUUGUCCUCAUUUCAAAGCAUUAACUGAAUUUGCACGAGACGUGAAAAAGAUACUCUUCAAGAGCGAGGAGGCCUAUCUCUGCGACUUGUGCUCAAAUAACCCUGCUGCUUACUUGAGCAUGCACUAUGAUGAUCAUACUGGAGCAUGUUUGUCAUGUUUAACCCAGCCUUUGAAGGACCAACAAGCGCAUUAUCCAAUUCAACUGGAGCUAGUUACUGGUGAUGUAUAUUGCUUCAAAUGCCAUCCAGGAAAGCCUCGCAAACUUGACGCCACUCGAGAUGGCCAGAUUAUUCAGGACACCAUCGACUAUAUUAGAGAAUCAGAGUCAAUGGAGGAUCUGGAAAAGAGACGCAAGACUGAGCAGGCACUUUAUGUACAAGAAUUGAGACGAGAGGACAUGUCUUUAAAGCAUUAUCUAGUGGAGAAACAAUGGGGACGAACCUGGAUGUCGUUUAGAACUCGCGAAGGAGCCCCAUUACCCACCAAAAUCACACAAUCCAGAUUGUCACGUUCCAAUGGCACAUUAGAUCCCAACAUUAGAUUACCCAUGGAUAAGUACCGUCCUUGCCCUGAAACACAUGGUGAUAUUGUAAGUGAAAAGCUCUGGCGCUAUUUGGCCAAGGCUUACGGUGUACAAGGAAGAGCGUACAAUGAAGAUGAUAUCAUUGCCCCUGAAUAUGCUAGAAUCCGAGUGUAUGUCGAUGAUUACAAAAAGAGCAUCCAUCUUUAUCCUUAG